GAGGUAUGAAUUUUUUUUUUCUUUAGUGUGAUUUGAAUUCGUUAAUCCGUUACAAUGAACAUAUAUCCAAAUCGGGUGAACAUUUAUUUGUACGUGCGCCCGUAUCAAUGCAGAAAAAAAAACAAUUUAACCCCUGGUUAUACAGUUAUAUGAUGUGAUAUUAUGCGGACAUCCUGUGUGUACAUCUAUAGUUCAAGUAUCACAUGGUCAACACUAUCAUGUCGUGUAAUGCAUUAUGCAGUGGUAUGUCCCUCACUUUUUUUCUCUCGUUCUCUAUGCUGUCGUCUAUCCUAGGAGAGAUCACUCUCUCUCGGCUCGACUAUAAAUAGAGCGAAUUUUCAUAGAAUGCAUUCAUUCGAAGAUAUUCACAACAGCGAUAACAUCUAUUAUUCUAGUAUUCUUAUCACUCCGACGAACAACUGCAUUCACUGCUAUUAUUCAUGAACAGGUCUGUGAAUAUAUUUAUACAUUAUCUGCUUUCACUUCACAAAAAAAUUUUCUUUUAGAUACUAUGAAGCAAAUGGCAUCAAAUUAUUCUUCAACUAAAACAACAAGUAUAGGUCUAUUUUUUUUAUAAUACAAUUUAUAUAUACUUCGUCUGUAUAUAUGGCUGAGGUAUAAUUUUUUUUCAGAUAAAGUUACUUUGUACAUUUAACAAUCCGACAUCAGCAAAUUAGUUUCAAUGAUGAAUAAUCGCGGACAUUCCAAUAAACCAAUGUCAUCGAAACCAAUAUUCAUGGAAGUAGGUAAAAAAAAUCGUGCGGAUGGUCUACACUUGGACAAUGAUUCUGUAACGAACGAUGAGAAUUUAUUGUUGAACAAAAUUUCAGAAGAAGUUCCCAUCAAAUAUCAAUUAUUAGUAUGUUUUUUUAUUUGUUAAGAAUAUGUAUUAUAAUAACAUUUGUUUUUUUUUUAUUUAUUUUUUUCAGCCAUUAGAAGACCAAGUAUUAUCACAAAGAUUAAGUCAAUUAUCCAUGACUUCUUAUCAUACACCUGAACAUCUUAUUGAAAUCACUGAAGAUCAGGUUGAAAAUAUACCGUAUUAUCUAACAAAAGAAAGUAAAUCUUUCCAACAAAUAACCACUGAUUUAUCAUCCACUGAAUUGAUUGAAGAAUUACGGCAAGUAGCCAUUUUGAUACAUGAACUUUUAAUGAUCGAUUUUCACAAAUCACUUUGGACAAUCUAUUUGAAAUCAGGUACAGGUCAACUCCAAUUAAAUCAAAUGGAUCAUCAUCAUCAUCCUAUUCAACCACAUCUUUGGCCCUUGGAAGUUCAAAAAC